AUGGCUUUGGUUGGAGAGGCUAUUCUCUCAGCUUCCGUGCAGGUGCUGUUUGACAAGAUUGGCUCCCGCGAGUUCAUCGACUUGUUCCGGAGAAAGAAACUAGAGUCGCUUGUGAAGAAACUGGAGAUAACGUUGUUGAGCCUUAAUGCGGUGCUUAAUGACGCGGAGGAGAAGCAAUUCCUGAACAGCUACGUGAAGGAGUGGCUCAAUAAGCUUCAAGAUGGUGUCUUUGAUGCGGAUGACCUUCUGGAUGAGAUCAAUGCUAAAGUUUUGCGAUGCAAGGUGGAAGCUGAAUUUCAAAUCGUCACGAAUAAGGUGCGGGACUUCCUCCCUACUUUUCUUAAUCAUAAUUAUCAAGGCAUGAAGGGUAGGAUACAUAAGUUGCUUGAAAGGUUAGAGCACCUUGCAAAGCAAAGGGAAUUCCUUGGGCUGAGAGAAGGUGUUGUUGGGGGGAAGAUUUCACAAAGAACUCCAACAACUUCCUUGGUGGAUGAAUCUUGUGUGUACGGUAGAGAUGGAGAUAAAGAAAAACUGAUGAACCUCUUGUUAUCUGAUGAAGCAAGCAACAAGGAUGUAUCUGUCAUCACCAUAGUGGGAAUGGGCGGGGUUGGCAAGACAACCCUCGCUCAGCUCCUUUAUAAUGAUGACAAAGUGAAAGAGCAUUUUAAUCUUAGAACUUGGGCUUAUGUUUCGGAAGAUUUUGAUGUUACUAGGGUAACUAAAACCCUACUUGAGUCAUUCAAUUCAAAAGCUUACGAUAAUAAAAACCUGAGUUUUCUUCAAGUUGAGCUAGGACAACAAAUAAAGGGCAAGAAAUUUUUAUUUGUGUUGGAUGACCUAUGGAAUGAGAACUAUGGUGAUUUGAGUGUCUUGCAACGUCCUUUUGCAUCCGGGGCAAGUGGAAGUUGGGUCAUUGUGACAACACGUAACGAAAGUGUUGCAGCUCGCAUACGCACCGUUCCAAUUCACUUUUUGGAACAGCUGUCCGAUGAGGAUUGUUGGUUGUUACUUUCAAAACAUGCCUUUGAAAAUGGAAACUCGAGUGCACGUCUAUAUCUGGAAGAAGUUGGUAAGAAAAUUGCUACUAAGUGCAAUGGUUUACCUUUAGCUGCAGAAACACUUGGAGGCCUCUUGCGUUUCAACACAAAUUAUGAGGAAUGGAAUAGCAUACUAAAUAGCAAUAUUUGGGAGCUGCCUCCUGAAAAAUGUAAUACAAUUCCAGCUCUAAGAUUGAGUUACCGUUAUCUCCCAACUCAUUUAAAACGAUGUUUUGCUUAUUGCUCAAUUUUUCCGAAGGGCUAUGAAUUCCAAAAGGAAGAUAUAGUUCUACUAUGGGUGGCAGAAAGUUUAAUUCCACAAGCUGAGAGUGAGAAAAGAAUGGAAGAGCUCACUACGAAAUAUUUUGAUGACUUAUUGUCACGAUCAUUUUUUCAAAGAUCAAGAAAUGGGAAAUCACAUUUCACAAUGCAUGAUCUCAUUAAUGACUUAGCUAUGUCUGUGUCAAAGGAAUCCUGUUUGAGAUGGGAAGGGGGCGAAUCACAUGAAGUUUUGAAAAGAGUUCGGCAUUUGUCGUAUGCUAGAGGGCAAUUUGAUUGUGCUGUGAAAUUUGAGCCAUUAUAUGAGGUUAAGCAUUUGCGAACCUUCCUACCUCUUAGAAGAGAAUGUUAUGAAAAUUAUGUAAGUAAAAGGGUUUUACAUGAGUUAUUGCCAAAAUUAACAUGUUUACGAGUGCUAACGUUGUCAGAAUAUGGUAAUAUUGUUGAGUUACCUAAUUCUCUUGGUAAACUCAUUCAUUUGCGCUACUUGGAUCUCUCUAAUACUGGAAUCGAAAGGUUACCUGUCACAGUUUGCACUCUCUAUAGUCUACAAACAUUACUAUUGGCAGGUUGUUGGUCUCUUUUUGAAUUGCCUACUGACAUGAGAAAAUUGAUUAACUUGAGGCAUCUUGAUUGUAGUGGAACUCAAAUUGAAGAGAUGCCGGUGCAAAUGGGUAGACUAAAAAGUUUGAGAAUAUUGACUACUUUUGUUGUGGGGAAAUCUACUGGGUCGACUAUUGGAGAAUUGAGGGAGUUGUCUGAUCUUGGAGGAAAACUUUCUAUUUUGAAGCUUAAUAAUGUUGUUGACGGUACGGAUGCCUUGCAAGCCAAUUUGAAGAACAAGAAAGAUCUUAAGGAGUUAGAGUUGGCAUGGGGCUCCAAAGAUGCUGAUCAUUCCGAAAAGGUGAGAGAUGUACUUGACAAGCUCCAACCUUGCAUGAAUUUGGAGAAAUUGACCGUCAAACUUUAUGGCGGGACCAGCUUCCCAAACUGGUUGGGAGACUCUGCCUUCAAUAAAAUAAAAGUUAUGCGCCUUGUAGGCUGUCAUUAUUGCUUCGAGUUGCCACCGCUUGGACAGCUACCUGCUCUUAAGGAGCUCUUCAUAUGUGAGAUGAAAUUUCUUAGGACGAUAGGUCCUGAGUUGUAUGGUCAGCCAUUUCAAUCUUUUCAAUCACUGGAGAAGCUAGAGUUUGAGGAGAUGCCAGAGUGGGAGGAAUGGGUAUCAAGUGUAAGUGGAGGUCCAGACUUUCCUCGUCUCCAGGAGCUGAUUCUAGAAAAGUGUCCAAAGCUAAGGGGAAGCUUGCCUUGUGAUCUGCCUUGCUUGAAGAAGCUUAGCGUGAAAGGGUGUGGGGUUUUACAUGAUCAAAGGGCCACUGCUACUACUAGUACUAGUACUAGUACUAGUACUAGUCUCAACUACAACUCUCUUAAAGGAUUGAAAAUAGAAGAUGGAUGCCAAACAGGUCUGUUAUCAUUACUAGAGACAAAGCUCCUGUCCCAACUUGACAUUCGACAUUUUAAUGACAUACAGUGCUUGCCCAACAUCAAUCGUCUUCAAAGUUUGACUCUCGGGCAUUGUCCAACGCUGUUGUCAUUCCCUGAAGAUAGCCUACCCACUUUGUUGACUUCACUUCAGAUAUACAGGUGUAGGAGAUUAGAAUUCCUACCUCAGACGUUGGUUCAAUUAACAUCGCUCCGCUAUUUGAGUUUAGAGAAUAGCUGUGAUUCAAUGAGGUCCUUCCCAUUGGGCAUUUUUCCCAAAUUGAUGUCGCUUAAUAUUGGGAAUUGUGAGAACUUGGAAUCACUAUCCUUGAUUGAAGAAGAAGGAGUUGAUGAGAAUCGCAGUCAUCUCAAUAGAUUGACUAUCUCAGGCUGUCCAAAUCUGGUGUGUUUUCCCCAGGGAGGAUUGCCCACCCCCAAACUGACUUCGCUGCAAGUUAAUAGAUGCGACAAGUUGAGGUCAUUACCUGAAUGCAUUCACACACUCACAGCCCUUCGAUAUUUGAUUAUAAAGAAUCUUCCAAAUCUGGAGUCAAUUGCAGAAGAUGGGGUUUUGCCUCCCAACCUCCAACAUUUUAGUAUUGAGAAUUGUGAGAGACUGAGGGCUUCAUCUUCAUCAGUGGGAGACUACUGUAACUGGGGUUUGCAAGCACUUGUCUCCCUUAAAUACCUUAUUAUUGGUGGCAGGGGAAGUGAUGAAAUCUUGGAGACGUUGCUCAAGCAAAAGCUGCUCCCUACCACUCUUCACAUUCUCCGCAUCGAGGAACUUUCAACUCUGAAAUGUUUGGAUGGAAAGGGACUUGCACACCUUACUUUUCUUCGAAGUCUAUCUAUUUUUAGUUGCAAAAGUCUGGAAUUCUUGCCAGGAGAGGCACUUCAACACCUCACUUCUCUUCAAGAGCUAUAUAUUUAUGACUGUCCGAGUCUCCAAUUCCUGCCAGAAGAGGGUCUGCCGCCAUCUCUUUCUUAUCUGAGAAUCUACAAAUGUUCCGGCCUGGAGAAAAGGUAUCAGAAUAAGAAAGAUCAUUGGGCCAGCAUGUCUCACAUUCCAUGCAUCGAGAUAAAUGAUGAAGUCAUCUUAAGAGAAUAA